CCCAGUAUGAAAGGAAAAGUAGGAUUGGAGAAGUGACGUUAUCUGCUGCUGGAAAGAGGGAGGGAGAAAGAGGGACGGCUGGACUCCAUUAAGCCGCAGCCUGCAGGAAAACUGUUUGGGAUACUUCACUUCUUCGGCGAGUUCUUCGGGGAUUUCUCUCUGUUCUUAUUAUCCGAAAAGACUUUCUACAUGAUUUAAAGAGGGGGAACUUGUUCUGUACCGUGUAGUCGACUGUUUUAGUGUUUUUUUCGUCUUUGUGAAGGAUGGCGCUGGACGGGAUCCGGAUGCCCGAUGGCUGCUACGCCGAUGGGACGUGGGAACUGAAGAUGCAUGUUACCGACCUCCACAGGGACGUGUCGCUGAGGGUCACUGGGGAAAUCCACAUUGGCGGAGUCAUGCUCAAACUCGUGGAGAAACUAGAUGUGAAGAAGGACUGGUCAGACCAUGCUUUGUGGUGGGAGAAGAAGAAGACAUGGCUGCUGAAAACCCACUGGACAUUGGACAAGUACGGCAUCCAAGCCGAUGCCAGGCUUCUCUUCACGCCGCAGCACAAGCUGCUGCGCCUUCAGCUGCCCAACAUGAAGCACAUGAAGGUCAAGGUCAACUUCUCAGACCGUGUCUUCAAGGCUGUGUCCGACAUCUGCAAAACUUUCAAUAUCCGCCACCCAGAGGAGCUAUCUCUACUGCGUAAGCCCCGUGAUCCCAAGAAGAAGAAGAAAAAGUUGGAGGAAGCAGAGGAGGAUGAUCUGGAGCUGGAGGGUCCACUGUUAACCCCUGGAUCAGCCUCUGAGAUAAUAUACAUCGGACCUGUGAAAGGGAGCAUCUACUCCAGUCCAGGAUUGUACAGUAAGACUAUGACCCCCACCUAUGACUCCAGGGACGGCAGCCCACUCUCGCCCACCUCCGCCUGGUUCGGGGACAGCCCCUUGUCCGAGGGCAAUCCCAGCAUCCUUGCCGUCAGCCAGCCAAUCUCCUCACCAGACAUCCUGGUGAAACUCUACAAGCCCCAGUCCCUGCUGGACAAAGCCAAAAUCAACCAGGGGUGGUUGGACUCAUCCAGGUCUCUGAUGGAGCAGGAUGUAAAGGAGAAUGAGGUGCUGCUGCUGAGGUUUAAAUACCACAGUUUCUUUGAUCUCAACCCUAAGUAUGAUGCCAUCCGAGUGAACCAGCUCUAUGAACAGGCCAAGUGGGCUAUCCUGUUGGAGGAAAUUGAGUGCACGGAGGAGGAAAUGAUGAUGUUUGCUGCCCUGCAGUACCACAUCAACAAGCUGUCAAUCAUGGCUUCAGACAACCAUAUGAAUAACAGUGAGAAGGAGGUGGAUGAGGUGGAUGCAGCCCUGUCAGAUCUGGAGAUUACCUUGGAGGGAGGGAAGACGUCCAACACACUGGGUGACAUCACAUCUAUUCCUGAGCUAGCGGACUAUGUCAAAGUCUUCAAACCCAAGAAACUGACGCUGAAGGGCUAUAAGCAGUACUGGUGCACAUUCAAGGAUAUCACAAUUUCCUGUUACAAGAGUAAAGAGGAGGCUCAUGGGACACCUGCUCACCAAAUGAAUCUUAGAGGUUGUGAGGUAACUCCAGAUGUUAACAUCUCGGGUCAGAAAUUCAACAUCAAGUUGCUAAUCCCCGUGGCUGAUGGCAUGAAUGAGAUCUGGCUUCGGUGCGACACGGAGAAACAGUAUGCCCAUUGGAUGGCUGCGUGUCGCUUGGCCUCCAAAGGGAAGACGAUGGCCGACAGCUCUUACAACCUGGAGGUCCAGAACAUUCUGUCCUUCCUCAAGAUGCAGCACAUGAACCCUGACCCUCAGUUCAUUGAGCCAAUCACCACUGAUAUCAACCCAGAGUGCCUGGUGUCCCCACGCUAUCUGAAGAAGUACAAGAACAAGCAGCCAGGCUAUAUCAGGGACUUGAUUUCAGCCCGGAUCCUGGAAGCCCACCAGAACGUGGCCCAGAUGAGUCUCAUCGAGGCCAAGAUGCGCUUCAUCCAGGCGUGGCAGUCCCUGCCUGAGUUUGGAAUCACUCAUUUCCUCGCCAAGUUCCAGGGCGUAAAGCGGGAGGAGCUGAUCGGCAUCACUUAUAACCGUUUGAUCCGGAUGGAUGCCAGCACUGGAGAUGCCAUUAAGACUUGGCGCUUUAGCAACAUGAAACAGUGGAACGUCAACUGGGAGAUCAAGAUGGUGACGGUGGAAUUCGCAGACGAGCCCAGUCUGUCUUUCAUCUGCGCUGAGGUGGACUGCAAGGUGGUCCACGAGUUCAUCGGCGGCUACAUCUUCCUGUCCACACGCGCCAAGGACCAGAACGAGUCUCUAGACGAGGAGAUGUUCUAUAAGCUGACCAGCGGCUGGGUCUGAGCUGCCCCCCUCCACCCCCUCCCCCCGAAACAACCAGGGGUCAACAAUUGUAGGUCGGGGGCGGGGCCAGGAGGGGAGCGGUGGGGGGUGGGAGGGGGUCCAACCGCAUUGUGUAUGGGUUUAUUUUACUCUACUAUUUCUCAGUCUUUUUAAUUGUUUGGAGCUGAGCUGAAGAGUCCAGAACAGCACGACUGUUGCCAUGCUGAUACCGUUUUUUAUUAUUGUUAUAGUUGUUUCGCAUUAACGCCGACAAAGGUCAUUUGUUACAACACUAAUUUGUGGUGAAUGCAGUCCAGAUGAACUCUGAACUUUAACUCCUGUGGUUGAGCAGAAGCCUUACACAAAACCUGAACGGGGACAUCUGUCUGUUUCCUUACGACCACCUGCCUCCUCUCCUCCUGGACCGAUGGCCAUCAACUUAACGUCCAUGACAACCCUUUAUAACCAAUCAAACACCUGAUUUAAUCCCAAAGAUCCUUUUUUUUCCCUCUUCACUCUUUGUCUUGCUGUAUUUUCUCUCUCUCUCUCUCUUCUAGAACUGGACUAAAGGAGCUGACAUCAAACUGUCAUUAAAACAUAUGUGAUAUAGUGCCACAGAUACCCACAGUUAUAUCUAAUUAUUUAUCCUAAGAGAUGGACUUCAUCAAAUAGUCCAAUCAGAAGGGUUAUCUGUAAACAGCAGUGUACAUCCUAUCCACUAUGAAGGGUUUAAUCUCUUUGAAGUCACAUGUAAGCACUUCUACAGUAUACAGUCCUGUUUAUGAAUAAGCUGUUUUUUUAUUUUUUAUUUCCUUUUGCUUUUGAUGUCUGUUGUCUUCGUUUCAGAGCUGGAGAGUCUCGUCUCUCCUUUGAAUUGUCAUUGUAUUAGCUGACAGGUGUGACAUUGAGAGCCUGAGUUUUGUUUUGUAUUUAAUAGACUGCUAAUAGUGGAGCAUGUCUGAAAACACACUACAGUUCAGUGCACUGGGGUGAGUGUCCUGUUUGUUUGAAAAUCUGGUUUCCAGCUGAUCUAAAUGUCCUUGCUGCAAAAAAAUGCUCAUGUUAAAAAGUCAUUUAGUGUAGUGUUUGGUCCAUUGAGUGUAUCUUGAAAACAAUUUUUUUAAAAAUGUUGGCUAGUGAAGAUGUUGAACUGAGGUAGAUUACUAAUGUCGCAAGGUAUCACAAGUGCAUGUGUGUUUAAAACAUCUCAACCCGUUGGCAGUUUUUAUGGUUGUUUUUAGAGACUCAACAAGAGGCCAACUGAUUUUUCAACAUGUCCAUUAGCUUCUCCAAACUGUAAGCAGCCUCCUGUUUAGGCAGGGUUUUUUCAUCUUCUGACCUGGAAGUGCGCAUUUAGAGAUGAUGUGCCAAAGUGCAUAAACAUUUUGCCAAACGUGUCUUGUUUUUGGCUGCUGUUUUGACCCACAGUUACAAGUAGCGAAAUCACAACAGCAUGCUUGGAAUCGCAUCCAGAUUGGAAGCCCCUUGACAUCUCAUUGCUUUAGUGCACGUGCACGUACACUACACAACACAAGGGAUCAUUACUCCCUCGUACCACCUUUUUACUUUAUUGCCAUUCUGUUUCAAACACCAUAUAGUAUUAAUAUUGUUAUUAUUAUCAUUUUUAUCAUUACACACCAGCAAAAGGUCACUGAGUUUGAAGAAUGAAUAUGCAAACGUUUUUUUUUUCUUCUGUCCUCAGUAUGAAGGAUCAGUAAAUAAAUAUUAUUUUUUUGUAACUAAUGUAAAAACACAAACGUUUUAUAGAAUUGUACAGUUUUUUUUUCUGCUUUUUUUGGGGGAUUUGGAAGUUUUUCCUUUCAGAAAAAAAGGGGGGAAGCCAUCUGUCAACAUGUAGUAUUCAGAAUUGUGCCUGCCUAUGUUGUGGUCUUACUGAGUUUUCAGAUGAAGAUAUAUAUGAAUAUAUAUGAAGAUAACACUAGUCUCAAACUCCAGGUUUGAUUAAGAUGUUUGUCGAGUACAUAUUAUAAUUUUUUUUUCUAAAAUACAGAUACGUAUGCCUUUUCACUGUGUUCUUUUUUUCCCCUUGCAUUACUGCUUAAUUUUAUUGAUUUUCCUCUUCCUCUUGCUCCUCACUUGGGGCUGACCGUCUGUGGCCCUGAGUUGCAUUUUUAGCUCAUUCUUUAAACAGUGAUACUCUUAUGUGCAUUUGUGCUGCAAAUUUAAUUUGCUCAGCAAGCGCCUUUUUAAAAUACUUCACUUAAUUGUCUGGUUUUGUCACAACUGAAGUGUGCCAUUUAAUAAUGUCCAUAUGAAGGAGACCCACAUUGUUUAGACCCUGGAGUUUGAGACAAAUCAGCAAAAAUGAACAGAGGUAAGAGAAAAUCAAGCCUAGUCUGUUUUUUUUUUCUCUGAUGUUGUUUUUGUUUGCCUCCAGUGUCGGGAGCAGCAGUGCAUGUCCUGCUGCUCUGUUUUCUGACUGUAAAAAAUGCAUUUAUUUUAAAAAAAUAAAGUAAUUUUUAUUUAAA